UUGGUUUCCUAACGACCCCAAUCCCACUCUCGCCGUUGGCGCGUGAGAUCGGAAUGCUCGAAACCUCUCUCACUGGCAUUUAGGUCGGAGCUCGCUUUCCUACUCCCUGUAAAAACUCCAUCAAAUUCGCCGAUCCCCUCUCUCUCUUUCUACUCUCUCUAGGUCUAGGACAUGGGUUUCACAGCUACUUCAGUUCUCUUCACUAUCAGUGUUGCCCUAUUAAUAUCAGCCAUUGGAUCAGCUCAUGCCUCUGUUCACAUCUACGACCGAGAUUCGUUCAGAGAAGUCGGCAAUGCUUUCCUUCUCUCCGGCGGCAGCGAAGGCAUCGUCGCUUCUCUCACCGCCGUUCCUCUCACCGACAAUUCGAUCCCAUCGUCAAUUCAUGAUGGCCGUUCUUAUAUCAGAUUUGAGAAUAUUACAUUUUGGAGGAGUAAAGAAGCUGCAGACAAGCAUUCAGAUAUGGAACAUAGUACAGGAUUGAUACAAGUUAUAAUAUUUGAGGCGGCUGAUCGUGAUAAUAUCGGUGGUUCAGCUUACGGUGGACAGAGGUCUAUCUGUUGCACCCCUGAUCUUGCUAAGCUGGAAGGUUGCAAACAAGGUGAAGUCAUUAGAAUUCCUUCUGCAACUGAUAUUAACUGGCCUGUCGUCUUAAAUGUACAAUUCAGUGGCAACUUUUUAUCCACACAUUUGGAAAACAAGGAGGUUUACAUCACAAAAACUGGGAUGUACAACUUGUUUUUUAUAUCAUGUGAUCCAAAUCUCAAGGAACUGACCAUGAGUGGGAAAACAUUGUGGAAGAAUCCUGAUGGCUAUUUACCUGGUAGAAUGGCCCCAUUAAUGAAGUUUUAUGUGGUUAUGUCUCUUGCUUAUGCACUGCUUAGUAUAAUCUGGAUUUCUCAGUACAUGAGAUUUUGGAAGGAUAUAUUGCAACUUCAGCACUGCAUCACUGUUGUUAUUGCUCUUGGGUUGUUUGAGAUGUCUCUUUGGUAUUUUGAAUAUGCACACUUUAACAAUACUGGAACAAGGCCAGUUGGCAUUACAAGCUGGGUUGUGACAGUUGGAGCCAUAAGGAGAACUGUUUCACGCCUUCUUAUCCUCUGCGUUUCAAUGGGUUAUGGUGUUGUCCGCCCUACUCUUGGAGGUCUUACCACAAAGGUGCUGCUUCUUGGAAUAACGUAUUUCUUAGCAUCUGAGUUGCUGAAUAUUACUGAGUAUGUAGGAACCAUAAAUGAUGUGGCAGGAAGAGCAAGAGUCUUCCUAGUCCUUCCUGAUGCAUUUUUGGAUGCAUUUCUAAUAUUGUGGAUAUUCACUUCUCUUUCAAAGACACUAGAGCAGCUACAGGCGAAGAGGAGUUCUGUUAAGUUGGACAUUUAUAGGAAGUUUUCAAAUGCCUUAGCAGUAACAGUGAUAGCUUCAGUUGCUUGGAUUGGAUAUGAGGUCUACUUCAAAGCAACAGAUCCAUUUAAUGAAAGGUGGCAGAGUGCAUGGAUCAUCACUGCUUUCUGGGACAUUCUUGCAUUCCUGUUGCUCUGUGUCAUCUGCUAUCUCUGGGCCCCAUCACAGAGCUCUCAACGGUAUGCCUAUUCAGACGAAGUAGGAGAAGAGCAUGAUGAUGAAGAAGCUCAGGCCCUAUGCAGAGGAACACCCAAAGGCGACGUCAGUUUAGUGAAACAGGAGAGAAAGGAGAAGAACAUUGAUAGUGCUGAAGUUUUUGUUCUAGAAGACGAACCAGAAGAGGAUAAGAGGGAAUAGUUCCUGAGAAUUUGUCCGUUUACAGCCUUCUGUAGAAAUUGAUGAAAAUAGGAGAAGAAUCAGAAAAUUACUGAAAAAAAAAAAAAUUGGAAUGCCCAAGAGUGAUGCUUUUGAAUGAGAAAAUGAAAUCUUGGAAAAGGAGGGAGUUGAAAGCACAAUAGUGUGAUGUGCUUUGAUGAGGUGUGUCAUCGUGAUUGUAACAACUUUCUUUUGUGGAAACUUUGAUGUAACUAGAAAUGAGUGUGCUACGAAACGAUUGAGUUGUGUAAAAUCAGUAGUGGUAGUAGGGAUUAUACAAAGUUUAUAUCUUCAAGACAUCUACAUCAUUGGGAACCUCUCUUUCAUAUUAGUUGUAAAUUCCUCCAUUUAAUUGUUUUCAUUGAAAUUUCUGAAUAAAAUUACCAUUUAUCA